AAAUGAAUGAUGAGAGAAGCAUGGGAUCCAGUUCCCUUGCUGCCAAUAUCUUUUUCUAGGUAUUAUAUACAUAUAUAAGAUGUAUAUGUAUAUAUGUAUGUAUGUAUUUGUAUAUAUACAAGUGAGUCCUAGUCUCAUUGCAUCUCUAUUGCCAAGUAAUCUCUCUCUCUCUCUCUCUCUCUCUCUCUCGUGAGUGUGUGUGUGUGAGACAUGGGAUCCAUGAAGGAGAGCAAGAAGAAGAGACCAUGCAGCAGAAAGCUCGGAGGAUAUCUAAAAGAGCAGAAGGGAAGGCUUUACAUCAUCAGAAGAUGUGUAGUCAUGCUCAUUUGCUGGCACGACUGACGUAUUUCUAUACGUUUUCAUAUACGUACACACACAUAUACACAUAUAUAUAUAUAUGAUGUAGUAUUGGUGAUCUUUGAUCAUGUAACGUGGAUCAAAACGACGACGGAUUUGGAGAAAUUAAUGAAUCGAAUACCGUUGAAUGGUACGUCAUCAACAUUGCACAAAGUUCUUCAACCGUCAGCCGAGUUCACGAUUUAAAGAUAUGAACGUCUUAGAUGGUAUAUAUAUAUAUAUAUAUAUAUA